AUGGAUCUAGUGAACGUUAAAAAUUCCUUAUUCUUGUUCGAGGUCGUUAUAGAAAGAGUUAACAGCUUUGUCCAAAGUCGAUUUUUAGUGGUUAGAGGAGAAUUUUCUGAUAUAUUCUCUGUUGACCUGAGGGAUCCCAAGCAAAUGCACAUUGUUAUACCUGAGCCGCCGCCUCUACCACCGGAGCCAGUUGGUAAGAAAGGGAAGAAGAAAAAGAAACCACCUAAACCAAAAAAAGGGAAGAAAGGCAAGAAAGGUGCAGUAGAGUUGCCCCCACCUGAACCGGAAAUACUGUCCGGCCAAUCGGUGCUGUUUGGCAGUAGCCCGGAGGUCCUUACCCAAGCCAUGAAGAGUUGGCCGCUAGUAGUGUCCCUGUGGUCAAAGGAAAACGAUUUGAUCUUUAUUGGGUCCAUUACUGUGCCAUGGGAUCCUGUUUUUCUCAUUUACUUGCAAAAGGUUUACAAUUGCGAAGAACCUCCACCCCCUGUGGUGAAGGAUGACUACAACAUAUUUCAAGAACGUACCGCCAAGCUCAUGGCUAAGAUAACCAUGCAGGUGAAGUUGACUUAUUUGACCGAUAAGGUUGUUUCGUCAUUUCGUACCCUUUCAGAAGACGCUGGUGUUAGAAAAAUGCUCUACACAGGUAUGAACUCCAAAGUAACUUCAUACAUGUGCACUUUGAAAACGACGGAUGAGGAAUUUGAGUCCAAUUGGACGAAAUUCCAGAACAACUAUGUUAAAGCUAAACCUAUGGUACCUACAACUAAGCCAGUUGUAUUUGCUGAUUACAAGAAUGUACCGGGUGCUCAGUUGCCAUUCCUCAACGACGAAGAGCUGUGUUGUAUGAACCUUGCCGAUAAGCCUCCUGAGUCCAAGUACACAUCACCGGAGACCUGUCCCGAUAUCAACUAUAUUUGUGACUAUGUUAGGAAAAUCAUUACCUCCUGCAAUGAUAAUAUGCGAAUGCUAACUCCUCGCCCUACCAUCAGACCGAGAAUUAAAGCAACUGACAUUGAUAGACUUUGCUACUGCAGAGAAACGAGUUGGCCUCAAGGAAAGCUUGCGGAACGGUUUAGAAGAGAAACCCAAGGCGGGCCAUGUCCUAUUUGUAUACGAGACAAAGACGGGAAACCAAGGAAAGGCUCUAUAUCGAAGGUGUUUGAUAUUGCUAAUAUCCGAGGUCCGUGUGGCAGACCUGAGUGUAGAAUAGCACGAGAUAUGCGUGCGUAUAUCGAGAAUUUAGUUGACGAAGACAAUGUAGUGGUAAACGUAGAAGAUAUCAUUGGACCAUGUGGCAGCAGAUCCUGUACUCUUGUUGAUAAAAUAAAAGACUUUAUUAACCACAGGGGCGUGUUCUCUCAUGGGGGCGCUAAUAUUGAAGGUCUUCCCACUCAGUGUGCGUGCUUGGAUCUUAUGCAAAAGGCACUCGUUAGAAAAGGAUCUUGUGAUUCGGUAUGUAGCCAUGACUGCGAAGAUCCCGAUAGUGAUUCAUGUGGCGGUAAAGCUUGUCCACACAGAGAAAGCCCCAAAGCCUCUAAAUCUGCAGUAGAACCAACGACGCAAGUUUACCAAGUAUUCUAUUUUACUGUUGAGCUGGAUGACCCAUCUAAACCUUCAACGCCGAAGUCGGGGGCUCAAAGUCAGAGCCAAACUCCAACGCAGGACCUAAGUCGUUCUGGUUCUCCGGCUUCUGUUCCGGCUAAGAAGUUUAAAUUCUGCGCACCCGAAUGUCCAACAAUGGCAGAUGAAGAACCAACUUGCGCUUUAGGGGUUUGUAAGCCCGGUACUUCAUACAGAUCUCCGACAACAAAAGUAGUAUGUGUCAACGAUACUUGCCCGAUUAAAGAAAAGGAAGGCGUAGAGCGCGAAUUGAGUCCAGCAGACAGCGAUUUAGAAAUAGACUUUAAAGAAAUACAUAAUCUAUGUUGUGUUAAAUCAUGCGAAGUCGCCGACAAAGUUAAAGACUUAAUUGUGGAGGGGUAUUUGAAAACGAGCAAAAAGCCAUCCUGUAUGGAUGAUGCUGUUGACCCGUGUUACUGCGCAUGUGAGUGUAGCUUUAAAUUGGGUGCAAAGACAACGUACUGUGCAGUGUGCGGUGGAUAUGAAUGUCUCGGAGACGAUACGAGAGCACAACCAGCAUACGCUCAGCCGCACCCGUGUCCCGUGUACCACAAACUGUAUGAUAAGGCUCAAAUCAAAACUCAGAGUCCAUGGCCAGAAGAUGACAUGAGUAAGCAAGCGGCCGAUAACGUCAGCAGCAAAGGCGGCAAGACUCCCUCGUCUAAAGGGGUAAUCCAAGCGCGCUCUGCCAAAAAUUUGGCUGAAACAAAAGUUGAGGCUGGAAAGGAAGGAAAAAAGAAAACGAAGAAAAAAGUAGGAAAAUUCACGGCCAAUACGGAUCAGGGGUCAGUUUCAGGUGCCCCUCAGGAGUUUAAACAUGCGCUCUACUGCAACGCAGCGCAGGGCGGCACGAUAAUCAAACCUGUUCCUAAGAACAUGGGCUGGUUAUGGAAUGCCGAAGAUAUACCAGGUCUGAAGUUUCGACCAAAAUGGAAGCCAGGCGCUGUAAACAGAAUUUUAGUGCGAAGAUACAGAACAGUUAGAGAAGGUGUGGACAUCAUCGCCAAGAAGAAACGAGCUAUGAUGCAGCGAAAGAAGAAGAUAGAAAUGAAACCCACACUCGUAGUGAAGAAACAGGACGGUGAAUACACCGUGCAAAUGGAAGUCUUCAAGAAAUAUUCAAAAGAUAGAUUCCUGUACCAAUACCCAUACGACGAGAAACCACCGCUUAUUUACACAAUAGGGAAAACGGAAGAAACCAAACAAAAAAUUCAAAAACAACGUGAAAGGAGAGAGCGAAGAGAAACUAGAAGAAAGAGUCGCCUGUUGCAGUCUACAUUUAGGGACAAGUGCCAAGAGAUCUGUUUAAAAGCAUAUAACCAGGCAAUUGGACUGCUUCCUUUGCCCAACCCCAACAACCCAGAUUGCCCAUGUGAUGUAGAAGCGAUAAAACAACCUUCACCCGUUGUAGAUUCAUGCUCUUGUUCCGAAGAGGGAACCAUUUCUAGCAGUGAUACUGACGGAGAUGACUGGAUCAUUGAAUUCACUCCUCCUCUUGCCAGGUGGGACGCGAAAGCGAAACACUUACCUGCAAUAGUAGAUAAUGAAUGUCAAUACAACUAUUUAGACUUCAAAGUAAAGUUAUUCGAUAAACAAGGUAAUCCCGUGCCACGCUAUUUCAAGGGACCUGAUGGCAAACAAGAGUGCAGCGAUCUAGGAGGCUUCUGGAGUCCGGAACAUCUAUGGCUAGAAAUAAAUAAAGAUGGAUACAUAGGACCGGAUAAUCGUUGGGUACCCGUUAAUUUUACAGGACCAGAUGGAAUGUUUUAUUUAUCAGAAGAAGGCCAUUUUACUGACAGCGGUGGCAAGGUGUGGAGGAUUGGAAUCGAUGGUUAUGUAGACAAGGACGGCAAAUGGGCAUUUUACUCAAAAAGACGAAUAGAUAAAUCAGCAAGAUCGAUAUCUACAAUGACCGGUACAACAGCUGAUACGAGAAAAACAGGAAACGCUGGGAAAGGUGCUCACAAGACUCCAGAUCAAGCACCUGUUAAAGGAGUAUUAAGUAAGAAACCUGCUGGCAAGACAGCAGACAGUAAGAAAACAGUAGCAGUAGGAGCAGCGCCUACGACUGCAAAUACAAGUAACGAAAAAGGUAAAACUAAAAAAACAGUUACCGUAGGUGGUAGAGGGAAGGCCCCUGUAGUGAUGACCGCUGCGAUGGCUUAUGACUAUAACAGACGACAGCGUGAAAAGCCUCAACAAGAUUACAAUAUGCAGAGAGAAGCAAAGAAGAUAGCUCACUAUCAGGAGAUUAUGCAGGAACUAAAGAUUUAUGACGAUGUAGUUGAGUUGAGACCUCAAGUGCCGGCGAAAACCAACCGGGCUUCGAACACGGCCAAACCAGCCACCACUACGAAUUUCGAUAGAAAAGUUAUCCAACCUUUACUUACCGCGAAAUCCUCUAUGAUGCAACGUAGCACUGCGACUGGAUCCCAGUUUAUUUAG